AAUGAGCUCAGCCACGCUGAGCUUCUACCAGUUCCGUAAUCUGGUUCCCAUGAGGAACGGGUCAAGCUUGGUGGCGAGCCGCCCCUGCCAGCACCAAUUGUUUUCACGCUGGGGCCCAAAGCUCCUGCAUUACCCUCCAGGAAUGCAGCUCAGCAAAAAGGUCUCGAAAGGUUGGGCCUGUCCUUCAACAUUUGCCAAAUGGCCAGCCCUACAUCAAUGGCUGGCCUACAGAUCGCAAAGCUGCAGAUUUGACCAAGCUCGACUGCCAAACGGUGACUGAAGCAGCUUCAUGGUGCAAGAAGGACCCUCAGAGAGCCCAUGAAUUUGUAGAAGUCUCUGGGGUCAAGCCGGCCCAUCCUGCUAAGCGGCUUGAUGCAUCUGGCCGGGCUGCCAAGAUCCUGGAGGUCAACAACUUGGGGGUGUCCUUCAAGCUUGAAUCGGCGUGGGAGUCUUCCGUUGAUGUGCAAAAAGGCCUUCUGCGGGAUUUUUUUUCAAGGGACAUCACAUUUUUGGAGAUGCAUCCUGGUGAGUCCACACAUUCAGGUUCUAAGCGCCAGUCUUGCAGCAUUCCUCUCGCUGCUGAUCUAGAACCUUGGUAUUAUCCAUAAUGUUGACUCUCGAUUAGUAAUACCCUCCCUACCCCCCAAGUUAAAAGGAAAUCAAUCAAUAUUAGUUAAAAUGGCAUCAAUAUAAAAAAGGCAUCAAUUUUACAUUCAACGGGGAAGAGUUGUUCAUGUAGGUCACGUUCUAUGUUAAACCUAUUGCAGCCAAAAUGUUUAGUGGCCUUCUUAGGUGAUCUCAUGUACAGUGUGUUUUCUCUUGGCGCUGAAGAGGGGUCACUUGCACUGAUGACAGCCAAGCUGGGUCCCAAAAGCAAGAUCGUGGCAGUGGACGUCCAUACGCAAUGGCGUAUUGGAGGUUUCAAAGCCCUGGCUUUGGAAAGGUCAUUUUCAUAUCCACUGAAGAUGUUGGGUCUGCUUGUGCGCGACGUUUCCGUGGGUGGACUUUGGCGUUGCGGCGUGACUCUGGCAACUGGCUUUGCGAUCUACAACAAGCUUAUGACUUUUUUGUGAAGCCCUCCGAAGCCGCCAGCUUUCCUUGGAAAACCUGUUUUGGCUUGAGGAUGCGGGCAUGCAUGUUGGAAGAGGAGCGAAAAAGAUGCGUGGCCCGCGAACGCAAAUAUGACCCGGAGUUCGAGAACAUGUUGACCAACAAGGAGAAACAAAAUCUUGAAGCCGCAGGGGCCAAACUCGACAAGGACAGCAAGUGGCCGCAAUCAUUGCGCAUGGCUGUAAAGGAACAAUCAGCUGCCUAUAUGAAGGACAAUUUCCACCUACGCAACCAUAGACAUGCUGUGGAGCCGGUCCAAAGAGCGCUGGCUCUCCUCUGUGGAGAGCUUGCAAGCUUGGGCUUUGCAGUUACUCCUGAAAUUGCACAAAUAUACGGCCAGGAGAUGCUUCCUGUAUGGGCGUGGCCAAACCCACACGAGAGGUGUGGAAACACACAACAUGUGGCAAACGCGGCAGUGGUUAUUCUCGCUGCACUCUGCUCAGCAGAACUCUUCCCUGAACAAGACCUUCCUCCAGGGGUUCUUCAACCCUGCUGUUUCUCAGUGUGGCCCCCGACGGCCGUUGUAUGUGGAGCGCUGUGUGGCUUGCAGCAGCAGCAUCAAAAGCGCAGCUUUUGGCUUGGUACUCGAGACAGCGGACUGAGCAGGGGUUGUGCAUUGUGACUAGUGAAGCUAAGCAAGAGAAGGAUCUUGUUUGCGAUUGGGCGUGCAAACUGGCUCACAUGCCACUUGAGACCAAAAACCGGAUGAUGCACGCUCACAUGGCUCAACGCGAUGAUUUUGUAUGGCUCUCUUCAAAGCUGAACCUGACUAUCUGCAUUGUGACUGGGGUUGUACGACAAGGUGCACUAGCCGCUCAAAUUCUUGAGCCGGGGAGGUCACCAACAAGGUGUGUGGCUGUGGCAAACCAUCAGCGUGGACCCAGCUGGGUACAGAGCACCCCACUACAAGUUCAUGAGCCAGGAGAUCAACCUGCUGGACGGAGAGGACUCGCUUCCGCCACCAACACCAGAGCAGGCAGAAGCGGAGGAGAAGAGUAUUGGCUACUAGGAAGAUAUGGAGUGGCAAGCCUCUGUGCCAGAGAGGAUGAUUUGGGAACAGUUGACCUCCAAGCAAGGAUUGGGCCCUGCGGGGAGAAACUGCAACUAAGGCCGGGAAGGGCUAGCAGACAGUUUGAAGGUUUUGCAAGAAGAACAUGCAGACGAUCUUGCUGGCCUAGCUGCUUCAGCUAGUUGCGCAAGUGCUUCAGCUAGUGGAGUGAAGGAGGAAAUUCCCGAUAAGAAGGAGAAAAUUCCAGAGGUGCCCAAGAUUGCCGCACCCACCCAGGAGAACUUUGCCGAGACACCGAUGAGGGAACCCGUGGGUUUCUGGGAAGCAAGGCGGCGGGCAAAACGCUGUUGCAAGCAUUCCUCCGGCUCCGGCGUCCAGUGAAGAUACUGGUGGCAAUGACCUUUGUCUGGUUUCCUUGCUGUGACAGAUGCUCAAAAGACUACCCAGAAGAGCAAGCAGAAGGACAUGUUCCUGAGUUCAGACUUGAUUAUUCCAGGAUUUGCUGUCAAGAUGGCAAUCGAUGAAGCUGAGGACACUUCAAACACCUGGUUGGGGUUCUUGGGGAGAGGCUCUACCAGCAUGUACAAGAAGGAACGGGGCAUGUUUAUAGGAAAUGCUGCGCAUGACCCGGAUGCCUUUUGGGCAAAACUUUCUGAACAUUUUGGACGACGCCCUAUUGCUGCAAUCAUGUUGGCUUCCAACUCCACUCUUCAAGUGCCAACGUAUUGGAGCAAGUUCCCAUGACCGUGAAUCUCUACGAUUGGAUCAGUGUCUUACUUGUCCCACGAGAUGGUCCGAUUGGCAUGGAUGAGCGCGACUACUCAUUUUUUCAGGUUAGCGUCUACAAUGCGCAGGGCGUGAUGGAAAAUCCUCCGCCCGUUGCCUUCUUCAGCACUGGA